GUCGGGUGGGGCCAACAGGCAUACCUCAAAGAGCCUGCACAUCGCACUAAGAGGGGCGACGCCUUGUGGCGUGCCAUGAUCGCCGCGGUCCCGGAUGACUAUGUCUUCCAGGGCGUCCCCGACGGGCUCAUGCCCGACCUCACCGUGUGCUUGUCCGGACACUAUUUCAUCAGCUUGGCACCGCUGCAGAAACUAGUGCGAGCCUACAGCUCCACGAGUCAGAGUGGGCCUCCUGUGACCCUGUCGGACUUGUGCGGCUUCAUGGUGAACACCAGCGCGACAGAGCUCAACAAACAUGGGGCAGACAUCACACUUGUAACGCUCGGGCCUGGUGACUGCAUCUACACCCCGGCAGGCUACCUGCGUGCGGAAG